GAGCAGAUUGUGCUCGGCGUUUUUCUGAGCCUGGAGGCGAUUACCCUUGUCGCCUGGGCCGUGCAGAAGAGCUAUCCAUUCCUGGCUACGUUCUGCCGCACCCCAGUGGCCCUGCGUCUUUUCUGGAGAGUGCGACCAUCAACAUACAGGGAAGGUUUCAGCUACCUGCCCAAUGGCUGCUGCUGCAGCCUCCGCCGCAAGCAUUUCAAGUACAGCGGAGAUCAGGACUUCAGCCAUCUGCCACAUGGCCACGGCAUCUGGCAGGAUGACUCCUACCACGGCGAGGUCUACGAGGGCUCAUGGUUCCGAGGGCAGCCUGUCGCUCCCUUCAUCUCCAGGUGUUUCGGCAGCGGCGCCAUCUCGUAUGGCCUCAAGGUGGGCUAUGGCACA